CAGUUAUCUCCCUUUGGUUGUGACGCAAUUUGAGACCCACGUAAACAAACAUGGUACAUUGCGCGGCACCGAACUGCACAAACAGCUCCAAUGUUGGCAAGAAAGUCAGCAUGUUUUUGUUUCCGAAAGAUAAGAAGUUGAGGACAGAAUGGACGGAACAACUGAAAAGAAACGGAUUUUAUCCAUCGAUACACGCAAGAUUGUGUCAGUACCACUUCGAACCGGAGUGUUUUCAGAGGGAUCCGCGGCUGAUGGCGUCGAUCGGGUUUCAGCCAAAAAGUCUCCGACUGAAACCCGGAGCGAUUCCAACCAUUUUCAAUUCCUGUACACCUCAAAACAGGAAGAGAACAUAUAGUGAAGAGCAUGGCGUUCCAAAGAAACAAAGACUGGAGCCUCAAGUGGAGGGCAGUCAGGUUUUAUCAGAGGUUAUUGACCUUCACAAUUAUGAAGACAUUACUCUCAACCAGGGACAGAUAAUAUAUAUCCCUGUCUUAUCGGACAUGAAUGAAGAAACUGCCACUACCACGCCUACGACUGUCUACAGAUCCGAUCAGUGCCACAUUGCCACACAGACAGAACCAUUCAGACUUGACAAAUGUGUUGGGCCUGAUGCUCCCAUGCAAACGUAGUUCAACGGUUACGAAGAUAUGAUAGUCUUCCAGUUGGCCAGACUUGGAACAAAGUUAAAUCAUGUGGAAUGCAAGUUUCUUGUGCCAGUAAAAAUUCAAGAACCCAGUGCCAGAGGCCCAUGGAAACGGGUGUAUUUCUUAGAAGGGAAGCGUUUCAAAUUGCAGAAACUGUACAAGCUAGAAUGACUUUUUUCUAUUUUUCUUUCCCAGACGAUGCCAUAUCCAUCUAUUAAACCUUCUGUAGGACUACAUGUCGGUAAAGCCCGAAAGAGUGAAAUAUAUCGGUCACAUAAUUUUAUAGAUUCGUACACAUAUACAUGUAAGCUAUAAAAUGCAAAGUUCAGGGAUUCUGGCUGUCCUGCAGGUAGGGUGUAAGAAUUGUACCUGCUGCCCCCAUUGCAUGAUCUUAAGAGGCGACUAAAUUUGGGAUCUUAUCUUUUCUCUUCUUACUGA